AUGGAGGCGCUGGAAGCGGUAUUAGAUGAAGUGGCUUUGGAAGGCUUGGAUGGGAUCACGGUCCCGGCUCUGUGGUUGCGUCUCCAAGCUUGUGUCCCCACGUUUCCUCUCUUGCUGGAUGCCGCCACUAAGGAGCUCUUAUGGCAGUCCCUGUUGCGGCAGGAUGAGCUGGAUUUCUGUGAACUCCCCGAAGAGAGGCAGCCCCUGGUGAUCAACAACAGGUAUGAAGAGCUUGAUUGUGAUCCCAGUGUACUUAAAGCCAAAGGAGAUUAUAUCACUGAAGACAUCUACCCAGUUCAUACCAUAAUAGAUAAUAAAAAUGGGAUCCAAGGCUCGUGCCGUUUUUUUAAGGAGCGAGUUUCAGUUGCAGAGCACCUAAGAAAACACCCAAUCACAUGUGAAGAUGCAGUUGCUAAAUGGCGAGAGAAACUUGUGAUUGUUGCUUCUCAGACUUUGCGGUUUCGGGCUUUGAUAGGAUGGGAUGGUGAUCCUUCAUUAAAGUUACCAGAUUGUUCAUACUGCUUGCUUGAGAAAAUUGGAAGAUCACGCUGGCAAGGAGAAAUUCAGAGGGACCUGCAGGGAGACUUCAAGGUGGACGCUGGGAAAAUCCAUUAUAUUCGACAAGUGCUUGAUAGGAAAGACCUCUUAACAAUGCAGACACAUGUUAUCAAGCUACCCAGUGGAGCUCAGCAGCAUUCUUUACUUCUCCUUCUGAAGCGCUUUCAUGUUGACAGGAAAAAUAAGUAUGAUACACUUGCAGAGAGGGUUUCUUUAGUGUUAAGUGAACGUGCGAAUCGCAUAGAAACUCUGGUUAACCUUCGGGAAGAAAUGGGUUUACCUGAACGACUCUUUAAAAGACUGUAUUAUUAUAUGGCUGCUGCAGGAAUUGUGAAAAUAAUUUCUUUGCCAUUACAAGAGAUUCAGCCACUUACUGAGCAUUGCAAAACUAAGAGAGGUACCGAUAUAAUGGUUCGUUGUGUGAAGCUGAUAAAGGAAUAUAAAAGAAAGGAAAAUGAUGACGAUGAGGAUGAUGAUUUGAAAACUGCAUCAGUUCCUAUUGACAUAAUAUAUGAGAAGGACAUGUUAACACAAACCUAUGAGCUGAUUGAAAAUCAAGGCACAAAUGGAAUUUCACAAAGAGAGAUAAGAUUGGCAAUGAAUGUGGGGAAGCUGGAAGCCAGAAUGUUAUGUCGUUUAUUAGAAAGAUAUAUGUUGAUUAAGGGCUUCAUGGAAGAUGAAGGACGUCAGCGAACUACCAAAUUUAUUUCUCAUGUGUUUGUUGAGGAAAGUGAAUUACGCAGACAAUUCUUAGAGGAAAAAGCAAAAAGCGAGCAGCUAUCAUUAAUGAAUUUGGAUACAUUACAAAAUGUAGAAGAGGACAAAGCAAUGUCUCCAGAAAACAACCCAUCUGUGGACUCGCACAUUUCAGAAGAUGAGAAGGAUGAUAUGAGUGAAUACAUUGCUAAGACAAGCACUCCUCUACCUCCAUCAAAGGAGAUUGAAGUGGCUUUGUUGCACUCCUUACCGCAGGUCCCCAGUCCUGUGGGGGUGCUUGUAGUGACUGAUGGCGUCGCAAGACAAUGUGAAUUACGCAGACAAUUCUUAGAGGAAAAAGCAAAAAGCGAGCAGCUAUCAUUAAUGAAUUUGGAUACAUUACAAAAUGUAGAAGAGGACAAAGCAAUGUCUCCAGAAAACAACCCAUCUGUGGACUCGCACAUUUCAGAAGAUGAGAAGGAUGAUAUGAGUGAAUACAUUGCUAAGACAAGCACUCCUCUACCUCCAUCAAAGGGAAAAUCCUGUUUUCAGCUCGCUGAACUGGACAAAAUCUCAGUCACAUCAGAAAACAACUGCAGUAGGGACAGUCUCCAUAUAGAGCCCAACCUUUCUAUGAUAACUACACACUCUGCAGAUGAGGAUAGAGAUGAUAUCUCUGUAAUUGAGGAGGUUCCAGACUUAAAAGCUAAAAGAGGUAAAAAGUCUUCUAAGUCAGCAACACUGGAAAAAUCUCGUGAAACCUAUCGCCUUUUGAAAAGGAGGAACAUAAUCGUGGAGACUGUUAAGAAUUUGCGAUUAGUGGAGAGCUUGUUCACUCUCCAAAAAAUGAUUGUAGAACAGGAGAGACUGGAAGGUGUACCUACUAAGUGCUGCAAGAAAUCUAUCGUGAGACUGGUACAGAAGCUGUCUCAAGAAGGUCUAGUUAGGCUUUAUCGUACUAUAGUUGUACAGGAUGGAAUAAGCAAAAAGGUGGAAUUUGUGGUUCAUCCAUCAAUUAAUCCAAGUGAUCCUUUGGUUAAAAGCACUGUUGAACAAAUUCGUUUUCGCAUGUCAAAUUCUACUUCAGGGAACCGAGCACGCUUGCCUCACAGUGCGUCCACUCCUGGUAAGGCUGAACCUGAUGAACAAAACAAAGAAAACAAAGGAGAAAAACACAAGACCUCUCUCUUCCUGGGUGACAGUGCUAAAGAUGUGCUUGGAGGCCAAGAUUCAAUGGAUGUGAAACAGUUAAAAAAUUAUCAUCCAAUUAUAGUUCCUGGACUUGGCCGUACUCUUGGCUAUCUUCCAAAAAUGCCACGCUUGAAAAUAACACAUAUCUAUCUCUGGUAUAUUGUCUAUGGUCACCCCAUGCAUACAUUGCCGCAGCAGAAAACACCAGAGAGCAAGCCACCUUCUGGUAACACUCAAGAUAAAAAGUGUGAGGAUGACAUGCCGCCAUCUUGCCACCUUACAGACAGCUGUUCUAAUACAGAGGAUGUUUUAGGCCCUGAGGUUGAAAAGUGUAUUACAGCUGAUAAUACAGAAGAAAGUACAUCAAACACAUUAGUCUGCACUGUGGGGGCCACCGGGCAUCUUCUGAAUCACCGCUUAAUAUAUGUUGAAGAAGAGUCUUGGAUAAGGUGUGUGCCUCCUGCCUCCCUCCACUGUGACUUUGGACCUGGUUGGGUUGUUGUUAGUGACAUCCUACUCUGUUUGCCCCUUUCCAUCUUCAUACAAAUAGUUCAAGUCAGUUACAAGGUUGACAACCUUGAGGAUUAUUUAAAUGAUCCUAUAAAAAAGCACACCUUAAUCAGACAUCUACCAAGACCAAUGCGUCAACAGCUGCUGUACAAAAGGCGAUAUGUUUUCUCAGUGUUUCAGGGGCUUCAGAAACUGAGUUGUAUGGGUUUGGUGCAGUUUGGUCCAACUGAAAAAUUUCAAGAAAAAGAUCAGAUAUUUGUGUAUGUGAAAAAAAAUGCAACAAUUGUUGAUACAACUGCAUGUGACCCUCAUUACAAUUUAGCCCAUGCAAACCUUCCUUUUGAAAAGCGUUCUUAUCGUUUGGAAACCAUUCAAGAUGUGGAGAAUUUUUGGUUUGAUUUGCAAUUUGUUUGUCUGAAUACACCUUUGGGAGUUGUACGCAACUCUCGUGGGAAGAAACUAAAUAAGGAUAAUGUGCCAGGACAAGAUAUCGAUGCAGAAUCUGAAGAACAACAGAAUCUGGAGAGAAAGUGUAACAUUCUAGAGAGUGUCAUGGGAAGUAAAGAAGUGGUCGAUGCUGGAUCGAUUCCUGGAGAUGGACUGGGAGCUGGUGGGCUUGAUUCGAGUUUCUAUAGCCAUUUAAAACGGAACUGGAUUUGGAUAAGCUACAUUGUUAAUAACAACAAAAAGACUAAAUAUGCACAACAAGGCUUUACUCUAAGACUUCAGACCUUUCUGAACAAACCCAUGUUACUUCUUGGCUCAAAUGGUAAAAAGGAAAGAGUCUUUGGGGAUAUGAGAAUGUCAGAAAGUGGAGAGCUUAUUGAGAUGGUAAAGGAAACUACAGUGUGUCGCAAUAAACGGGUUUGUGGAGGGAAAAACCGGAAACGAAAAAAACUGAAGCAACACCUAGAAAAAAAGCAGAAAGUAAAGCAGAAAAAGAAGGAAAAGACGGAAGAAAAAAUAAAAAGAAGUCGAUACCAUGAUGAGGCUGAUCAGAGUGCAUUACAGAGAAUGACCCGUCUGCGAGUGGCAUGGACAGCACAAGAGGAUGGCUUGCUUAUGCUCUGUCGAAUAGCUAGUAAUAUUCUAAACAGAAAGGUGAAUAGACCAUUUGUGCCCUGGCAAGUGGUCAGAGAUAUUAUGCAUUCCAGCUUUGAAGAGUCACUGGAUAAAACAUCACACUCUAUUGGAAGAAGAGCUCGUUACAUAAUGAAGAAUCCUCAGACAUACCUUAAUUACAAAGUAUGUUUGGCAGAGGUUUAUCAAGAAAAAGGCCUUGUAGAAGACUUUAUGAAUCGAAAAGCCUGUUACGAUGAUCUUAAGAUUUGUGCUGCAGAGUUCAAAGAAUUUGUAGAGAGACUAAAAGUGAAGUUCAGCACAAAGAUGGAUGAUCCUGCAUCUCAAAUUCCAGAAACCGUGGAUGAUCUCUUUAAUAGGUUUCGUGUUCUGGCAGUUGGAGAUGAGUCCAUCCAAGAGAGUGGAUUAGAAAGUAUUAACAGUGUUGAAGACAUCCAAGUUUUAGUGCUGCAGAACCUUAUCUUGAGCACACUGGCACUUUCUGAUAUGCAGAUGAAAUCAUGUCGGUCUUUGCAAACAUAUCGUAUGUAUAGACAGUAUCACGAUGACAUUCUUGUGAAGGCUUUCUUGGAAUUUCAAAAGAAAAGACUGGUAAAUCGACGUCGAGGCAACCAUCUGUUGGGGCCAAAGAAAAACCGUGCUCUCCCAUUUUUGCCAAUGUCAUUUCAGCUAUCCCAGACUUACUAUAGGCUUUUUAUCUGGCGAUUUCCAUCGACAAUAUGUACAGAAUCCUUUGAGUUUUUGGAAAAACUGAAGACAUAUGGAAAUACUGAUGAACCUGAUGUGUUUACGUUUGGGGAUCAAACUAAUGAAACGUCUACAGACAUGUUGGUAUAUCCUCUGGAUGGACAAGGUGGCCAGUGUGCAACUGUUCUUUCCCUCCUGCUGCUGGGAUUUAUAUCUGUGAAUGUUAAAAUUCCAGACCAAAUUGUAGUUGUUGACAGCAAUUUGGUUGAUAAUGAAGUUAUAAAUAAAAAAAGCUACUUCCUUGGAAGAGAUGGUCUUGAUGACGAGGAUUUUGAUGAUGAAGAAGUGGAUGAAAAUGUAUCGCAUAAACGUAAAAUAGAAGUUAAAGCUCGUCAGGCAUCUCAUACCAACUAUCUGCUAAUGAGGGGUUACUGUGCCCCAGGAAUUGUCAGUACAAGGAAUCUCAACCCGAAUGAUAAUGUUGUUGUUAACUCUUGCCAAGUACAUGUUAAACCAAGAAAUACACCUCUGAAUGGACGGUUAAAAGAUUGGGGUUCCUUCAGUGACUUUACUGCAGACAUGCCUUCACUACCAUCUCUUUUUACUGAACUCUUCAACAUUAAUGACCGGAGUGAUGAUACUUUCCUAAAUCAUUGCAUACAUACCCUUGGAUACAGCUCUAAAGAUGUGUCAUGUGCAGUGGAAAUUCAGUCAGCAGUUGAAGCUUGUUCACAUUUUGGCCUACAGAUAUUCGAUCUUGGAAAAAGAUUUCUGCAAUAUGAAGAUGUAGGAAAUGAAAGGACUAGAUCUCUACAGCAGUAUUUACAGGACCUUGUAACAUACAGACAACUAAUACAAGUUGGAGGAGCCUCUGUAAGACUGGUAGCAAGAACUCAUGCUAGUCCCUGGCUUAUGAAUGCAAAUUGUGUAAAAGAACCAGCUACUCAGGACAAAACACUUUUUAAUAAAGACACUGAUUGCCCAAAGUCUGAUCAACAAGCCUCUGCAGAGCAAACUGAAGGUGACUCCAGCAUCUAUGAACCCCCAAGAAAGAAAGCUCACUUAGAACUCAAGAUUGCAGAGCGCUUAUCUGACCCAGAAAAUCCAGCAGUUCCUGUAGUUCCAAUCAAUACUGGAAACAUGCAGACUCUUCCGAAAAUGUGUACAGUAGAUGCUAAAGCAAUGUCACAGGAAAACUGCUUUCUAGGAAGACCAUGGAGAAUUGUGGAUGGCAGUUUAAAUAAACCUGUGUGCAAGGGAAUGCUGGAAGCUGUUCUGUACCAAAUUAUGUCUAAGCCAGGCAUUACUGAAAAGGACUUGGUCCACCAUUACAGUGGUGUCUUACAGCCUGUCAUUGUUAUCGAGCUAUUACAGGUGCUGGAACAAAUUGGAUGUAUAAAGAAGUGUUACAUGGAAAAAUGUUUCAAAGCUACUCUGUGCUCCCAAUGUAAAAUUCCUCAAGUACACAAUACCUCCAGACUCUCUGGGGAUUUAAUAGCAUUUUAUGAACCUACUAUUGACUGCACCCUGAGACUUGGUGGAAUUUUUCCCUCUGAAGAUAACUGGAAUAAAUGGGUAUUAUAAAGAUAUGUGUAUAUUGGAUAUACGUCCGCAAUUUAUUCAAUACAUUUACUAAUUUGUAAAAUAUUUUGUACUCUAAAGUAUCAUG